CUGAAAAAAAUGUACAGAGCGGAACGAAAAGUACUAUUCGCUAUAGUGCAGUGGCAUCAUGCACGCGUUGUACAUUUAUUUGGUCCUGUCAUGUUUUGCUUCCGUGUGGGAACAACGCUCUUGUGCCUUCAUUGGUUAGGAUUUACAUAUUAACAUUUCUGUGUGAAAUGGGGAAAAACACUGAACCGUCGGUAGCUAUAUAGUUGGUCAAAUAAAAAAUAAAAAAACUUGCAGCUAGAAUCACAUUGUGAACAUAUACGUUUGCGUUUGAUGGCAUGCUUUUUUGAUUUAGUAAGUAGCUCGGUAGCUAGCUAGCUAACAAAAUGUUAACCAGGCUUGGAGUUUUUGGUUAUAUGAACAUUGUCAAAACACUUUGCACUAGUACAAAUAGAUACCUUCAAGGCUUCGCCUCAGAUAAUGAUAUAAAGACAUUUAUUAUAGAAAACACUGAGAUAGUAAGGAAGCAUAACUUGACCCCAGAAAUCCAUUUGAGACUGUUCACCCCAAAUUGUCGGUUUUGGCAUGCAAGACCAGAACUGUGGCCUUUCUCUGACCCAUUCUGGGCAAUAUACUGGCCAGGGGGACAAGCACUCGCCAGGUAUCUAUUGAGUAACCCUGGAGUGUCACAGGGCAAGAGAGUGUUAGAUCUGGGGUGCGGCUGUGGAGCCUCUGCUAUAGCUGCCAAGUUCUGCGGUGCUUCUCAUGUAGUAGCCAAUGACAUCGACCCUGUUGCAGCCAUCGCGACCCAGCUGAACUGUGAGCUGAAUGGCCUGAACCCCCUCCCUUGUGAUACGGAGAAUGUGAUUAGUGCAGAGCCCGAGGAAUAUGACCUCAUCCUCCUGGGAGACAUGUUCUAUGAGGAGGCAUUGGCGGACAGCCUUCACAGCUGGUUAAACUGCUGCAUCCAGACCCACGGGACACAGGUCCUGAUAGGAGACCCGGGGAGGGCCCAGUUUGAAGGACACGGCAUCAGGAGGCUCCUGCGUCAGGAGGCUCAGUUUGAACUGCCUAAAGCUGUCAGAGAGGAGAACUAUGGACUGACCUGCAGCACUGUGUGGCGCUACCUGCCUGAACUCUGACAGACAUCUUUCACAAACCCAUAUUUGUAUGUGCUUUAGAGCACUCCUUCAACUGUUGUUGUUCGUGACUCUUGACAUAUGAUUGUGGAAUUGCUAUCAGCAAGUGCCUGGCAUUGACUCAAUUAAAACUUGUCAAUCUUCUUUGCCAUGAAGUCAAAUGUACUGUUGUUAAACAAACACCUCUUUUGACAUCUCAAA